GCAGGCUUAAAACCCUUUGUGGCCCUCCUUCAUUGGGACUUGCUAGAAGCUCUUAAAUAUGAGUAUGGAGGGUUUCUUAGCUCUAAAAUAGUGAUUGAACUCAGUACAAGAGCUGUCAAGCAUGCAUUUGAUAAUUUUGUUCUUGUAGAAAUUGUCAUUAUCAAGCUUUCUGGCAU